GACACUGUGACUGAUGAGAGUUAAAGGCCAUGGAUGAAGAUGGGCUUGAAUUGCAGCCACAUGAGCCAAAUGCAUUUUUUGAUCCAACAGGAGCUGAUGCAGCACAUAUGGAUGGAGAUCAGAUUGUUGUGGAAGUACAGGAAACAGUAUUUGUUUCAGAUGUAGUCGACUCAGAUAUAACCGUGCAUAAUUUUGUUCCUGACGAUCCAGACUCUGUAGUAAUCCAGGAUGUCAUUGAGGAUGUUGUUAUCGAGGAUGUUCAGUGCCCUGAUAUCAUGGAGGAGCCAGAUGUAUCCGAAACUGUCAUUAUUCCGGAGCAAGUGCUGGACACAGACGUAGCCGAAGAGGUUUCUUUGGCUCAUUGCACUGUCCCAGAUGAUGUUUUAGCUUCUGAUAUAACAGCAGAAACAAUGUCUAUCCCGGAACAUGUACUGACAAGUGAGUCAAUGCAUAUACCUGAAGUUGGACAUGUAGAACAUGUAGUUCACGAUAGUGUUGAAGAAGCAGAUAUUGUCACUGAUACUCUGGGAACAGAUGUUGUUUCUGAGGAAGUCCUGGUGGCAGACUGUGCUUCAGAGGCAGUGAUCGAUGCCAAUGGAAUCCCUGUGGAACAUCAAGAUGAGAAGGGCAACUGCGAUGAUUACCUUAUGAUUUCCCUGGAUGAUGCUGGUAAGAUAGAACACGAAGGUUCUGCUGAAAUUACCAUGGAAGCAGAGUCAGAAAGUGGCUCUUGUAAAGUGGAUGGCAUUUGUCCAGAAGUCAUCAAGGUCUAUAUAUUCAAAGCAGACCCUGGAGAAGAUGAUUUAGGGGGCACAGUAGACAUCGUGGAGAGCGAGCCAGAGAAUGACCACGCAGUUGGAUUACUUGAUCAAAACAGCAGUAUUCGUAUUCCAAGGGAGAAAAUGGUUUACAUGACUGUAAAUGAUUCUCAGCACGAAGAUGAAGACUUAAAUGUUGCCGAAAUAGCCGAUGAGGUUUAUAUGGAGGUGAUUGUAGGAGAGGAAGAUGCUGCAGCAGCCCACGAACAGCAAAUCGAUGACACCGAAAUCAAAACUUUCAUGCCCAUAGCUUGGGCAGCAGCUUAUGGUAACAAUAACGAUGGCAUCGAAAGUCGGAAUGGCACUGCGAGUGCUCUUUUGCACAUAGAUGAGUCAUCUGGCCUGGGGAGACUGGCCAAGCAAAAACCAAAGAAAAAGAGGAGACCUGACAGGCAGUACCAGACAGCAAUAAUCAUUGGCCCUGAUGGUCAUCCGUUGACAGUCUACCCCUGCAUGAUUUGUGGAAAGAAGUUUAAAUCUAGAGGUUUCUUGAAAAGGCACAUGAAAAACCACCCGGAGCACCUUCUCACUAAGAAGAAAUACAGAUGCACAGACUGUGAUUACACUACGAAUAAAAAAAUAAGUUUACAUAACCACUUGGAGAGUCAUAAGUUGACCAACAAAACAGAAAAGCUUCUGGAAUGCGAUGAGUGCGGGAAAACCUUCUCUCACGCAGGGACUUUAUUUACUCACAAGAUGGUGCACAGGGACAAAGGAGUUAAUAAAAUGCACAAGUGCAAAUUCUGCGAUUAUGAGACGGCGGAACAAGGAUUGCUGAGCCACCACCUUUUAGCUGUGCACAGCAAGAACUUUCCCCACAUUUGCGUGGAGUGUGGCAAAGGGUUUCGCCACCCGUCGGAGCUGAAGAAGCACAUGCGAAUCCACACUGGGGAGAAGCCCUACGAGUGCCAGUACUGCGAGUACCGAUCCGCCGACUCCUCCAACCUGAAAACCCACGUAAAGACUAAACACAGCAAGGAAACGCCACUCAAGUGCGAUAUCUGUUUCCAGACUUUUUCAGAUACCAAAGAGCUGCAGCAGCAUACGAUUAUGCAUCAAGAAAGUAAAACACACCAGUGUUUGCAUUGUGACCAUAAGAGCUCAAACUCGAGCGAUCUGAAACGACACAUAAUUUCAGUGCACACGAAAGACUACCCUCAUAAGUGUGAUAUGUGCGAUAAAGGCUUUCACAGGCCUUCGGAACUGAAAAAACACGUGGCGGCUCACAAAGGUAAAAAAUUGCACCAGUGCAGACAUUGUGACUUUAAGAUUGCAGAUCCCUUCAUCCUGAGUCGCCACAUACUCUCAGUUCACACAAAGGAUCUUCCUUUCAGGUGCAAGAGGUGUAGAAAGGGCUUUAGGCAACAGAACGAGCUGAAAAAACACAUGAAAACACACAGUGGCAGGAAAGUUUAUCAGUGUGAGUACUGUGAGUAUAGCACUACAGACGCCUCAGGCUUCAAACGGCAUGUCAUUUCCAUUCACACAAAAGACUACCCUCACCGCUGUGAGUAUUGCAAGAAAGGCUUCCGAAGGCCUUCAGAGAAGAACCAGCACAUUAUGCGACAUCAUAAAGAUGUUGGGCUGCCUUAGAGUCUCUCUCACAGACUUAUGGCUGGAAUUAUAAAGGAAAUUUGCCUUCCAGGCAGUUAGCUUAUUUUAAAGCCAAUCACCUGCGAUCACACACAAAAAAAAAAAAAAAAAAAAAAAAGGAAAAAAACCACAAAAAAAUACUGUGCGUUUGAUUUGUUGCUGUAUAAAAAUAGGAUUAUUGCUUCUAGUUGACUUUUAUACCUUUUGUUCAAUAGCGUGUUCUGAAUUCUAUUCAGUUUGUUUAAUAAAUGAAGAAAAGAUGGCAACAAUAAAGUUGCAUUUAAUAAAGUAAACCCUGUCUCUUACUGAAUUUUUCAACCAUAAUAGUUUAUUUAAGUUUAUUUAUCUUACUGACCUCGUUGAUAUUCACGGUGUCCAUGUAAUGCAGUUUUAUCAUGAAUUUUAAAAAUAGGGAAUUUCUCUUGAAUUUGUCAGAGGUGUGUAUAAAACGGGGAAUUGUCAUGUUGACAGUAAAGUUACUAGGUUCCACCUGAUUGUCUUGUUCUUACUAUACAGACUUUGUGGCAGGUUAACUAUUUUCCAUUUGAGGAGCUGUAAAUCUCCUUUCAUUGCAGAAAACUAUUUGUGUUUUAAUUCUGGUUUCACAGAGAAGACUAUUUAAAAAAUGGUUUGGGGCAUUUUAUGUCUUUCUUGGGCAAAUUUAAAAGUAUGCUCAGAUAUUACAUUUAUUGUUCUGUGCUUCUUUGUCUUUGAAUGGUUUUGUGUGUUACAAAUGAGUUGGGUUCUUUUGGCUUCUGUCUUAGUGUUGGAAACGUAAAAUACUCUUGUUCCAUUUGCAGAGUUAAUAAUAGAUCACAACUGUCUGUAUGUCCUGGUAAACGUACCUCAGACUUUGUUUUCAUGUAUGUUGGUAUUUCUUUGAAAUAACAUUGUGGUUCGAGUCACAUUUUUAUUGUGAAUUGUUUUAGAAUAAAAUUU